AUGCGGGAGUUGCAGGUAGGCAGGAUGUAUCCUAAAUGCCCAGGCCCUGAGCGACGCCCCGAGGUGGACACGUCUGCCUCGGUGCAGGUACGGGCCGUGUCCCUCAAGACGAGCGCGUCAGGGGCCAUCAUCGCUGCUGGGCCCACGCUGGUCAUCCCGGACUGCUACACCGGUUGGUUCAGCGUCGUGUCAGGACGAUGUCGUGGGGCGACGUGCUACACGAGCGUCGCUGACGUGGCUGACAGCAACGUCAGCUUCUUCCUGACGAGGCAUGACGUCGCCGGCUACGUCAGGCUGCCUGACAACUCCCGGUCUGGCAACCCUCGCUACAAGCGCAGCGUUGUCCCAGCGGGUCACGUCCUCAAGCUCCUGGGACUUUUUGAGGACACCAAGAGGACGGGCGAAGACGGGACGCAGGCGUCGGGGGACAGAUUCGCCCAGUGCCUCGACCACCGGGGACAGGUUGUGUUCGUGCCGCUGUCGGCGCGGGGGAAGUUCUACGCCACGGCGGCGCGGGCAGCGGCCCAGCAGACGCUGGACCAGGUCUACCUCAUGGCCCAGCUGCUGGACGGCUUCCAGCUGCCCCUUACUGUCAGACUUGUGUGUGGAUACAUGGAUAAAGUGCCCAGCUCCUUCACUGGUUUGCUGAAGUUGGAGAGCGCCCAAAAGGAGCACGUGCUCCUUGGCUGCACCAUGACUCCAGACACAAACGCCACCUUCCUGGAGAUGGACUUGGACUCCAACUUCGUACUCACGCCAAUCAAGGACCCAGUCUUCCCCAAGUCCCCACUUUACCUCAAGACCAAGUCCUACUGCGAGGACCAGGCCGAGGCCUGGCAGAGGCAAAUCAAGAUCACUCAUCACGUGACGGACACUCGACCUGUCCUCCCACUGCGGACAUCUACCUCCGCCACGCUGUCGGACACUGCGUCCUCCACUGGUCCGUUUUUUCAAUCCGAUGCGGACGGCGGCCCCAAACUGCGCCACGUGCGCGGUGGCGUCCGGGAAUUGAAAGCCCAGGACCGAAGUCGGGAAUCCCGAAGAAGCAACGAUGACAACAAGAAACUCGACAGGAUACCUCGGGACAAAAGCAGGGAUGAAAGGUCCAGGGAUAAAAGUAGGGAUAGUCGAAUACGAUUGCGGAUUCGCGAGAAAAGUCGCGACCGACUAACUAUCCGCAACGGCGGAGACGCGACGACUUUUGACAUUCUGAGAGAAAAAUCGAGCGUUCAGGAGGCUGUACCUGACAAGCUUGGAAAAUCUGGUAAGGGUGACGGGAGAGAACCGAGGAAACUUUCAAAGCAGAAUACUUAUAUUUUUCAAAAUGGACGCAACGCAAAAUAUCAAGAACAGCAGAAGCACGACGAUGAUAUUCCGCCGCCCGUGCCUGAACAUUCGCUGAGCUACCGUCUUCGUCAGAGCGUCGACAGUCAGGACUAUUCGACGGUGCUGGACGAUUUGAGUCGCCUUCGUCUCAAGAAAGACGAAGAGGACGAAGAGUGCCUCUACGCCGAAAUUUGCGAUAAUAUUUACUCGACAACCGUGGUUUCAUCAUCGUCGGAUCAGGACUCAAGAUCAUCGUCGUUCAAUCGGCCGUCAAAUCGCACGCCGGGUCACAAUUGGUCGUUCGGGACUGGUUCAUCAGAUGAUAAUCACUACAGCUUCACUUUGCUACGACAAGAUGUCGGCCGUUCCUACUUCGGCUUCACCUCGCGAGACGGCACCUCUAAUGGUGACGGCAGCGUUACGAGUCGUGAAGGAGUCUCCUCAAACCGAGAUGGAGUGACUCCUCUCCGAAGAGUCACCCCUCUCCGAGAUGGAGUCACCCCUCUCCGAGAGGGAGUCACCCCUCUCCGAGAUGGAGUGACCCCUCUCCGCGAUGGAGUCACCCCUCUCCGCGAUGGAGUCACCCCUCUCCGCGAUGGAGUCACCCCUCUCCGAGAUGGGGUCACCCCUCUCCGCGAUGGAGUCACCCCUCUUCGAGAUGGAGUCACCCCUCUCCGAGAUGGAGUCACCAUGAAUUCUAAAAGUAACCUUCUGAAUCAGGAAGAAAUUAUCCCGAAUUUCCGCGUCUCGCGGCUCCGCAGCAAUGGACACAACUGGGGAGAAAUCGUUCUCCCUAGUCGAGAAGAAAUCAUCCCAACUUCUGUUAAUUCCCGACUACGAAACUUCGGGUUUUCGGCGGCCGACAUCGUGCCGUCCCGACGCUUUAUCUCGUCGGCGCGCCACGCCUACCGACCGCCCAGCCCGACAGCGUCUCCCUGCUGAGGGCACUUCCGUGUCCCAUAAUUUUUACAAUUUUCCAUAGAAUAUUUGGGUUCGAAAAUCUUGCAAUUGCUUUUAGCUCUUUGGGUCUAAUAUAUGAAUUUUUCACACUUAAGACCUGUUUUAGUGUGAAAUUCUAACUCGUCGAGGAUGCUUGAGGAUGCAUUUGUUCGAUUUCAAAAUAUUUUUCGCGAUCAUCUGCAAGAUUUGACGUCGGUGUCAAGGUUCUGCUCAGAGUGGGGAACUGCGGUGUAAAACCAAUGCCCAGCUCUUAGAUUUAAAAGUUUCUACAUCCGAUCGUGUUAACUCUCAUGCGAUAUCUGUAGCUUCACUUCCCCUCAGGGGGGACUUCUGACGGGUGU